UGUCUAUAAUCAAUGACAGAAGUAAUAAGUGCUAAAAGGCGGAAUUGUUGUAUUUUGUUAAAAUACUUUAAUGUUCCUUCUUUAUUCCCACUUAUUAUCUUCGCCGGAUCAUGAUGUCGACCACCGAAGGCGAACUAGACGUCGAGGUGUCUCAUGAACGUGAAGAAGGAGAGUUGGACGAUUCAGAUGUGGAAGAGGGCACGUAUAUACCGCUGGAGCGGCCCGAGGCGUUCAACCCGCCUUCGCUGGUGAACAUGCAGAUCCAGGAUGAGCUGAGCGACGAGGGGUCGGCGCAGGAGUCGUCAGGGUCGGACUCCGAGGAGGAGCCACGGCGGCGACCGAAGCGCACGAAGCUGAGGCCGAAGCGCCCGCAGCAGUCACAGCCGGAUAAAAAAGACAAAUAUAAUGUUUGGUGCAAAGCAUUGCAGGAAGACUUAUUAACAGAAGACAUGGUCAGCUGCGAUGUCACUAAAAAAAGCAGAUAUGGCGUUGAAUCUUAUGAUUAUACUAUUAAGUAUAGAUUAGACGAUAGCUAUAUUCCUAAAAAUGUAUUCACAAGUAAUAACUUGGAGGAUGAUAAUACGUCAAAGAAACGGAGGCAUUCAGAUAGGUCUAAUGUGAAACUAAGGCUUGGUAAAAGGGCAAUGAAUGAAGAUCAUAGUAGUAAGCAGCAGCCUAGGGUACUAGAUGAUUUAGUGGCGACAUCUGAGGAUCCUAUAGAAGUAAUCGCUUUGGAAAUUGCAGAAAAGUUGCAGGAAGAGAAAAAGGAAUUAGUAGGUAGGAUUGUACAGGUACUAGGCGUCAGCAAAGCUAUAGAAAUAUACAAGGAGACACAGAGGGUCGAGGCUGAUGGAGGCAUGCUGGUCAUGAACGGCACCCGUCGACGGACCCCUGGCGGUAUCUACUUCUUCCUUCUGAAGCGGGAUGACGAAAUCUCGCAGGAGAUGAUCAACCAGAUCUUCAACGAGGAACGCAAAGAGACCGCGCGGCGUAUUAAACGGGCGCGGGCGAAGAGUCGCCAGAAGGUUAUGGAGCAGCUUAAACAGAGUCUCACAGAAUCCGAGCUUCCCACUCUCUUGUCCCGCGGCGAGGCGGCGGCGCCGGCGCACGGCUCCAACCCGCCGCCCUCGCCCGCCACCGACGCGCGCGACGGCUCCUCCGACACCAGCCCCCACCCCUCCCCCUCCCCCUCCCCCGCACCCUCCCCCACCCCCCGCACCGAGCGCGGCCUGCACAACUACGACGACGACGACUACCUGGAGGUUAUGUGUAACGAUGAUAUGGAUAUGUUCUAAAGUGGCCGGGACUCGUGUUAUCAAGUUGGGGCUUCGUAAAAUUAACCCUUUCCCGGGCUAAAGCCCGCUUGCACCGUCCCACUGACCCGGACUUAAGCGAUUUAACCGUCAAGCCGGUAUCUCAAAUUGUACCGGUAACCAUGGUUACCUCCGACUCCAGGUUUAACCGGUUAACCCCGGGUUAGUGGGACGGUGCGAGUGGGCCUAAGGGAUACAUAUUUCCCACAUACGGCACUUGAAACGUGUUCUAUUCUCGAUGAGUAAGACUGACAUUUAAUUGUCAUAUUUGAAAUGACAGCCUGGUAAAGGGUUAAGUGAUUUAAUCUAAUGGUCCUACGACCCGGAGGCGACCCGACCGGACGGAAAAGGGUUUGCAGAAUUAUGAUGAUGAUUAUUCGGCGGUUAUGUAUAAUGAUAUAUGUUUUAAAAAGUUGGCCCAGGACUAUUCUCGAGAGAUACGACUUAAUAAAAGUGGAGUGUACUGUGAGGCCUGGCCGCGUAGCCAACAUGCCAAUCGCUUACGCUCCGUAGCGAACGAAACGCAACUGUAACUGUUGCGCUAAGAAUAGGCGCGCACUAU